AUGAAUGAAAAGAGACUGAUUUUGGACGCCAACGCCUGGGCCCCUUGGGUCAAGAAGAUGAACCGUCUGGCCGAAAUAAUGCUGGUGAAGUUCCCGCUGGAUGAAGAGGGUAAAAACCCAAAUUUCAUUACCCUGCGGGAGUACCAUAGCAUGACAAAUCUGCCAGGCAAAAAAACCCCUAACUUUAAGGCCACAGUGCCGUAUCAAAAGAGAAAAUCUACUGAAGACGGGUUUCAGAGCCCUACAAAAACCUGCAAGGUUAAAAAGAAUGAGAAGGUUCAACCCUUAAAGGUUGGAAACAUGUUCAAUGCUCUUAGCCAGGGUGGGGGGAUCUCCACCGAUUUGUCUGACCCAGACAUGGAUACACAAGAGGAGGUUGUCGCAACCGUCCCUCCUAAAAUCAAACCCAUACUAGCCGUGUACCCAAAAGAAUACAGGGACUUUGUCACUGGGCUUAAAACAGAAAAUCAAGCUGAGUUCAAAGUAAAGGUUUCCGGAGAAUUUGCCAGAAUUUUUCCGGCCACUUCUGACGAUCACAGAGCCAUUUCGGAGUACCUGCUCCGAACUAAGAUACAGCAUUACGUACAGCUGGCUAAACAUAAUCGCCCUGUCAAAAUUGUUGUUAAGGGAUUGCCAUUGACAACGGAUAAAGAUGAUUUAAAGUGGGCUCUUGAAGAGCUUGGCUACGGAGUUAAGAAGGUCGCGCAGCUUGUGCGAAAGGGUUCCACUCCUUUGCCGAUUUUUCAAGUUCACCUAUCACACACUGAAGGGGUUGAAAAAGUCUUUGACUUGACCAACAUUCUAUAUACAUAUGUCACUGUGGAAGCAUAUAAAGCUAGAAAAGGGCCUUCUCAGUGUCACAGAUGCCAGAAGUUUAACCACAGCUCCGAGAACUGUUUUAUGACCCCGAGGUGUGUUCGGUGUGGGGGUGAACAUCUCUCCAGUGACUGCCCGCACAAGGCUGCUAAGAUGGAUAAACCUAUGUGUGCCAAUAGCCAGGGCCCUCAUCCUGCCUCUUACAAAGGAUGUCCAAAAUAUAAAAACUUUAUCAAGAAGUCCUCUAAAACUUCCCCCAACCCCAGGUCAUUUACUUCCAACUCAACUAAUUUCCCAGCACUCCCUAGUCAAAAACAAGCUGAGAGUAAGAGCGAUGGCACUGUGAGUGCCCCCAAUGCUCUCACACACUCAUUCGCCCAAAAGGCCCGAGGCUCAGCCAUCGCGGGAGCUUCAAACAGAGCGGCUCAAGCCACCUCUGCUAGCGACGUGAGCACUCUGGCCCCAGAGCAGCCUCGUCGCAAACCAUCAACCGGUGCUUUCUCGGAAGCUGCCGGAACAUGGGACUCCAUUAAGGAGAUCUUGAACUUUUUCAAAGUUCGUAAAGCAUUUAAAAGUCAAGAGAUUUAUGAGAACUUUUUAAGAUGCCUUGUGAUAUAUAACCAAGAAUUGAUAUCAAGACAAGAUUUGGUUUUACUUGUAUCUCCGUUUUUAUCGAAAUAUUCUGAUCUGUAUAAAUGGUUCAAGGAUUUCUUAGGUUAUAAAGAAAAUAACAAUACUAAUAACAAUACUAGUGUCGAUAUAGUUCCUAAGAAAAUUGAAACUCAGGAAAGAGAAAGAGUUGGAGAUUUUGCUACAGAAAUUGAUUAUUCUUCAUGUGUGAAAUAUGGUGCAAGUUACAGAGCUGUGCCAAGAAAUUACGUGCAACCCAAGUGCAGUGGUAGGACUGCGCUGUGUCAUGAGGUUUUGAAUGACACUUGGGUCUCUUUUCCGUCUUGGUCAGAAGAUUCUACGUUUGUAAGUUCCAGAAAGACACAGUUUGAAGAGUAUAUUUAUCGAUGUGAAGAUGAAAGAUUUGAGUUUGAUGUUGUGUUGGAAACAAAUUUAAGCACAAUACGCAUACUUGAAGCAGAAAUGGCAAAAAUUAAUAGAAUGUCUCCUGAAGAGAAAGCUAGAUAUCGACUGGAUGAUACACUUGGUGGAAGUUCUUCAGUUAUUCAACAACGAGCUAUUAAAAGAAUUUAUGGUGAUAAAGCUGGUGAUAUUAUUGAAGGUCUUAAAAAAAAUCCUGUAUCUGCAGUGCCUCUAGUUUUAAGACGGUUAAAGGCAAAAGAAGAAGAAUGGCGUAAAGCUCAAAAGAGUUUCAAUAAAAUUUGGAGAGAACAAAAUGAAAAAUAUUACUUAAAAUCAUUGGAUCAUCAGGGAAUCAACUUCAAGCAGAAUGACGUGAAGUUUUUGAGAUGCAAAAGCAUAUUAAAUGAAAUUGAAACAAUAUAUGAAGAGAGGCAUGAACAAGUGGAUGAUGGUGUUACUGAUGUUGCUACUGGACCUCACUUAGUACUGCAGUAUAAAAGUAAAAAUGUUUUUAAAGAUGCAGCAAAUCUUGUUAUACAUCAUGUAAAAAGGCAAACAGGAACCCAAAAAGAAGAUAAGCAAAAAAUCAAACAUUUGAUGAGGCAGUUUUUCCCUGAUUUUUUUUCUGCUCCUCGGGGAGAUUUGUCGGAUGAUGAAGUCGACAAAGAUGAUGAUAUGGAAACAGAAGAUGGUAAUGAUAGUCCAAAAUCAAGUGUAUAUAGAGACUUACUUUCUUUGAAUUUAGGAUGCAGUAAUAGCUUUAUUAAAGACUCAUCGAAUACUGGUCAUAUUUCUCCAUCUCAUGAUGAUAAAAGCUCUGAUAGGUCAUUUUUUAGCUCUGCUCAAAGCAACACUAUGGAUAACUCCUUACCGGAUGAAUCUUAUACUCUUAUGUUUGCCAAUAACAAUUGGUAUGUUUUCUUCCGUCUGCAUCAUAUACUUUGUGAAAGGUUAUGGAAAAUCUAUGAAUGUUCACAGAUACUAAUAGCAGAAGAACUAAGAGACCAAGAAGAAAGAAAGCAAUCUACAGCUCUCGCACUUCGACUUAAACCUCGAACUAACAUUGAUAUAGAUUCUUAUUAUCCAACAUUUUUGGAUAUGGUAAAAAACUUACUGGAUGGAAAUAUUGAAAGCAGCCAAUAUGAGGAUAAUUUGAGGGAAAUGUUUGGUAUACAUGCAUAUCUCGGCUUCACCCUGGAUAAAGUUAUUCAAAAUGCUGUGAGGCAGCUUCAACACAUAGUUGGAGAUGAUCCUUGUACUCAGUUGACUAAUCUGUUUCUUGAAGAGGCAAAGCGUAAAGCAACAGGUGGUGCGUGUUCAACAUCAUCCCUCCGUUCUACAGUUGAACUUGUGUACCAAAAGAAGGCAGAACAAUUGAGUGAUGAAAACUUGUUCAAAAUAAUAGUGUAUAAACAAGAAUGCAAACUGACCAUUGAGCUCCUAGACACAGAUUCUGAUGUUUCAGAAGACCAAAGCGCUGUAAAUAAAUGGAAUGCAUUUGUAAGAAAAUAUGUUUGUGAAGACAAUAUUGCCAACAUACUCAAAGACAAACUAGCGAAAAAUCCAAUAUUUCUUCCAAGACAGAACAAUAAUUGGUUGAAUCAUGCCAAAAAUAUGAAUGAAGAAAAAGAAACUGACUACUCUCAAGAAAAUGACUUGAGUUUGCAAAAUAUUCAAGAUGAAAUCGAUGAGAGUAAGAUAGAUUUAAGCCGUCUAGAAGAUGGUGGUGCCGGUGAAGCUGUGAAAGGUUUAGUGGGAUUAAAUGCUAAAGCUAAGUAUCUGGAAAGAACCAGGCUGAAUAAAAUAACCGAGAAUGGGGACUCGACAUCUAAUAGCUAUGGGUGCAGAUUUAAUGUGAAUUCAUACAAAAUGACAUGGAUUGUAGACAGUGAAGAAUGUUUGUAUAGGAAAAAGAGUCUUUCAAAAGCUUUGCAGUCUCACCAAAAAGUUUCACAGAAGUUGGGGAAACGAUUUCAUGAGUGGCAUCAGAGAUGGCUCUUAGAAAAUGUACAAGAAGAUCAAGAAAAAUGGUGCAAAAACUGGUUGUUAGGGUUGACUGAAGAUAAUAUACCUACUACUUGCAUUCGUGUAGACAAUUUCACAAAGCCUCCAUAUUCCAGUUUUAAUCGGUACAAAGUGCAGGCCCGUGAGAAAACCUGAAGCAUUCUAGAUUAAAAUAUAUCCCCGUGCUUUCUUGAACUUGUUCAUGUGCAAAUACAAACUGAAACCAUUACUAAAGACUAAGGAUAGAUUCCUCUUUCAUUAACAUUACAAUCAUAACGUGUUAUGUGCACUUAAUUUUGUUUCAUUGACUGUAGCAUUUUAUUUAAUGAGACAAACAUCUCGCAUUGAGUUUCUUCCGUAUCACUUGCGACGAAACUUUGUUUGACAAGAAAAAUAUUCUGCAUUAGACAUUCAUUUCAUGUGCAUUGCAUUGUAUAUCCCAUUGACACAUUUCAAAUUGAAUGUUUUCUUGAACUCUCAUGUCAUGCUGCAAAAGCACAAGAAAACGUCAGUGGACCAGAUGAUACUGCUUUUAAUUUUAAUAUGAAUGAAGCAGCUGCCAAAAACAUAUGCUGAUUUUAUUCAACAAAACAAAUUAUUUUUAUUCAAACGGUGUUCAAUGAAUAUUUUAUUUGAACACCCUGUAAGAAUGUAAUUAUUUCAUGGUAGCUUUUUUUAGCAUAAAACAUCUGACUGUAAAAUUUAUUCCAUUGUACAAAACACUGGUUGAAAAAAAAAUUGUGAAAUAUUUUACAUUAUGCGGUAUUUUUGUACCUUGAGAUCAUAAAAGGUAAGAAAAGAUAUAGUUUCUUCAAGUGAUAAUGUUACCACCUGAAUGUAAGGACUUUCUAUAAGCCAGAGGGAAUCAUAUGAAAGAUUUUAUCACCCUCAAUGUUCUUGUAAAUUUUUCAUCUUAAAAAUCAU